UACAGCAUGCAUUUUUAAGACUUUUGUUUUUUUUUCUGAGGCUGUUUGCAACUGUGCUUAUAUAGACAAUGACUGGCUCCGGCGUCUGGAUGUUUUUUUAUGUUUAUUUAUGGAAGACAUCGUUCAGUCAGAUUGUUUAUUCCGUCAACGAGGAGGUGAACAAGGGAACAGUUGUUGGAAAUAUCGCCAAAGACCUCAAGAUCGGCGUUAAUGAACUCGAGACGCGUACGUUUCAGAUUGUGUCUGGAUCUAACAAGAAGUAUUUUGACGUUAAUUUGAAAACAGGUGCGCUGUUUGUGAACGAUAGAAUCGACCGCGAGGAGUUUUGCGAGCGCAGUCAAAGAUGCGUUGUGAAUGUAGAGGCCCUCGCUCAAAACCCGCACAGUCUCUAUCGGAUCGAAGUAAACAUUUUGGAUGUGAACGAUCAUGCUCCGCAUUUUCUGGAUACCUCUUUAAUUAUCGAUAUUAAUGAGGACGCAAGCACAGGUGACAGGUUUCAUCUACCAGUAGCUGAUGAUGCCGAUGUUGGCAGUAAUGCUCUGAAAAACUACAGACUCAGUACCAAUGAAUACUUUUCUGUUGAUGUGCACAGUGGACACGAGAGUGUGUCGGCUGAGUUUGUCCUACAAAAAGGCUUGGACAGAGAGAAACAAUCAGUCAUUAAUCUAGUUCUUACUGCUCUAGAUGGAGGAAAACCUCCAAAAUCAGGAACAUUACAGAUUACCAUAAAUGUCAUGGAUGUAAAUGAUAAUAAGCCUGUUUUUAGUAAAUCUCUAUACAAAGUAAAAAUUAAAGAAAAUGUUUCAGUAGGCACUAAAAUCAUGUCUCUUACAGCCACAGAUUUAGAUGAAGGCACUAACAGUGAAAUUAUUUAUUCAUUUAUUAGUCGUGGCAAUGCCAAAACAGAUGGUUUAUUCAAUAUCAUUCCUGAAACAGGAGAUAUUGUAGUGAAAGGCCAGAUAGAUUAUGAAGAAACUUCUGCCAUUGAAUUGAGAGUUCAGGCACGAGACAAAGGCAGUCCUCCUAAGAGCGCCCAGUGCAAAGUUUUAGUAGAAGUACUAGAUGAGAAUGACAACGCUCCAGAGAUUAUAGUGACUCCACUUCUGGACAGAGUGAAGGAAGAUGCCAAACGUGGAGCUGCUGUUGCUUUAGUUAAAGUCUCUGAUAGAGAUGGUGGCCAAAAUGGCAUUGUUCAUUGUUCUGUUAAAGGUUCUUUUCCUUUUAAACUGGAGUCCUCGUAUAGCAACCAUUACUCUCUAGUGGUAGAUGGACCGCUGGACAGAGAGAGCAUUUCUGAAUAUAUCAUCACUAUUUCGGCUAGUGAUGAAGGAACUCCACCCCUUUCUAGUGACAGUGUGCUGACUGUUCAGGUCUCUGAUGUUAAUGAUAAUGCACCACUGUUUACAGCACCCAUAACUGUUGCUUAUCUAAAAGAGAAUGGUCAAGUUGGGAGUCAUGUGACAAAAAUGGUGGCAAAUGAUCCAGAUGAUGGAGUGAAUGCUGAACUUUCAUACUCAAUUGUAGAGACCACCAACAUGGACAUUCCCAUAUCAACAAUGUUUCAUAUUAACUCUAUAAAUGGUGAAAUAGUAACUCUCCAGUCAUUUAAUUAUGAGACAGCAAAAAGAUUUGAGUUCCAGGUUCAGGCCACUGACUCUGGCAUUCCCCCUCUGAGUGCUAAUGUGACUGUUAAUGUGUUUAUCCUGGAUGAGAAUGAUAACAGUCCAGUUAUUCUACCACCAUAUUCUGAACCCGGAUCUGUUAACACUGAGAACAUUCCCUACUCUGCUGAAGUGGGUUACUUUGUGGCUAAAAUCAGAGCUGUAGAUGCUGAUUCUGGUUAUAAUGCAUUGCUGUCUUACCAUAUAACUGAACCUAAGGGAACUAAUCUCUUCCGCAUUGGAACCAGCACUGGAGAAAUAAGGACUAAAAGACGAAUGAGUGACAAUGACUUAAAGACUCAUCCGCUUGUUUUAACGGUGACUGACCAUGGAGAACCAUCUCUGUCAGCGACCGUCUCUAUGGAUGUAGUGGUGACUGAACGUCUGGACACUGUGCAGCCCUCCCUAAGACACGUGCCAGUUAAAGAGGAGGGAUUUUCUGAUCUGAAUCUGUAUCUGCUCAUCGCUAUUGUCUCAGUAUCAGUGAUAUUUUUAUUGAGCCUCAUCGGUUUAAUAGCAGCUAAAUGCUACAGGACUGAUGGCAGUUUCAGCGGGUACAGCGCUCCAGUGGUCACUACACACCCUGACGGGAGCUGGUCUUACUCUAAAUCCACUCAGCAGUAUGACGUGUGUUUUAGCUCAGACACACUGAAGAGUGAUGUAGUGGUUUUCCCAUCGCCGUUUCCGCCUGCAGACGCAGAACUGAUCAGUAUUAACGAAGGAGACACUUUUACUCGCACACAAACGCUUCCUAGUACUGGACAGGUAAGAUGAUUAGUUAUUAAUUAUUUGUCUAAUUA